AGGACGCGAAGGGGGGCCGGCGACAUUUCCGUAUGGAAAAGGUUUAUGGCUCCAAAGGCAACAUUGUUGCAAAUUCGAAAGGGGUGUUGUUGGACCUCGAAUUGUGUGGGGGGUUCGGAGCGGGUGCCGUGGACACCGCGUUCUACAGAGAACUCAUUCUCGUGGGUGGUUUUGUUUUGGCGCGUGAGUUUUCCGACAAGCUGGAGGACAAGAACAUUGUUCUCGACGUCCCCUGUGACGUCGGCCCCUCCCUGGAGCUCUCGUUGCCGUUCAGGCCGUGCAGCAGUUGCGAGUCAAGCGGGGCGGCGGCGGAGGGCGGUGAUCCGGGUUCUGGUCCGGCUACUCAGCUGCACCGCGGCGAGAGCCGGGGACAGUUCGACGACAACGAGGAGGAGGGGCCUGCAGCGCCGUUGAGGGACAGACGGUGGUCGGUGUUGUCUAUUCUUGGGGUCGACAUUGGAGAUCCGGUUCGACGGGAGAGUGCGGAACCUACAGGAAAGGUGGCAGCCUCUUCGGAGGUCAACUUGGAGGCAAGCGAGGGCCAGAGUGUGGAUGAACUUGAGAGUCGUGGUUUGGAUGCAGAGUUGUGGGACGGGAGCAGGAAAUACGUCGCUGACUCCUCGUUGUUCAAGGACUGCCCGCCUUGCAUGGGCUGCAACGACGACCAAUCCAUCGAGGCGACGGAGAAGUUGGCCGGUCACAAGAAGCUGUCCGUCGACUGGAGGAAUAAGGUCCUGUCCGUUUUGACUGGCAGUAGACUGAAGAGUCGCAAGAUCGUGCUUGCCGAAGGAACUGUGCACAUAAAAUGGAAAGACACGGGCGACGUGACAUCCAUCGCGCCAUUCGGCAACGACCCCUUGGAGGCAGACAUAAGGUGUGCGGAGGUGAAGGAGGCGGUGGUUGCCACAAAGAGUCACACGUUCGUCCUCGAUCUCUGCGAACCGGUGGACCUGAAGCUGUGGAAACCACAAGCGUUCGACACUCUGGAUUCCCAGCUUCAGACGUGGUGUCCAUCGCAUUGGACGCUCGUCGUUUUCGUCCCGCGGGAGCAGAACCUUUCGUUUCUGGCCAGCAUGAACCACCUUUCUUUCGUGAAGAUGAUGGAAGGGAAGUGGGUGAGGAAGAGUCAACAAAAGAAAAGCUUCCCCGUCGGGAAUAAUUUGUACACGGAAGACGGCCGGAUGUACAUACUCUUCAAAGGCGACGAUUUGCGCGCUAACACUGUGUAUGGGGACAUGGAACGCAACCCCACGCAAUUCGUUAAUCUUCUCGAGUCCGUCACCAAGAAGGGGGAGGGUGUAUGCUUUCUCGGGAAGCCACACGCGCGAUCCGUGUGGGAACUGGUGAAGGCAGGACGGCACGUGAUCGCAAUGGAAGGGAACUCCGCGCUCUUGCAAUUUACAAUUGAUCUCGUGAAGAGCGAGGUCAAUUCGGGUGCCCACAUUUGCGAGUUCAUGGUCGUCAACGAGUCUCGCCCUCGCACGUGGAACAACAAGACGGACAUGUGGUUCAAGUUGAGUGCGAGGAAGCGGAACAAGAUAUACGACUUCUUGUUCCUGCAAACGCGGCCUAAGAGAGACACUGACGCCGAGUACGUGCGCCGCAAGGAUCUUAUGUUCACUAUGCUCGACAACUACCACGACGCCUCCCGCAUGAACGCAAAGACCUUCCUCGAGAGGUUGCAGUCCCUGCACUUCGUGGAGUCGGAGGAGGAGUUGACGUUCGGCAAUUACUCCUCCUUGAUCUCCACGGAAGACGAGGAGACCAUCGGCAUCGAGUUCGACGGGACCGCGAACGAGGAGGGCAGCGACACCGAAAGCCUCGACCUGCAGUACAACCCGCAUCCCGGGCAGCACACAACAGGGUCGUCCUUCGCAGGUCCAUCAACAAGCCUGGCAUCCCUCGUGUCACCGAUGGCGAAAGCGGCGCCUGGCACUACCCUGAUGAAGUUGCUGCAGAGAAUGCAAGCUCUGGCCUUCGGCCAUCGCUCACUGUGUCUCGGGUCUGACAUCACGGCCGAUCAUCUGUCUUGGAAGGAUGCCAACAUUCACUUCCUGGAUGAGCCUCAAAGUCGUUCCACGGAGGCGGACUGGGGCCAUGACAUGAUUUGGCAUCCAGGAGUCAUCCAGCCGACGAUUCAAAAGGAGCGGACGAAGAGGACGGACGCACAGAGCUUGUCAGGCGCGGGGGUGGCGAGUUAUGAUCCCAAAAUAGACAGCUUUGCGGUGAGGGACGGGACUGCGCCGCCUGCGGGGGACCGCCAACCGCUUCGGUCGGAGCGAGAGGGUACGUGUGGAGGGCCCGGCGACAGAAAGACGGCGAAGUUCAUCGGGAUCCGAACUUCUUUAGGCAAGGGGGGCCAACCAGGGAUUGUUGUGCCGGCGGGAGGGGCUGCGUGCGGCAAGCGGGAAGGGCAUUCGUCGGAAUUCGACACGGGUUCGGGCCAAGUGGCUGGAUUGCAUGCACAAGAACGAGGCAGGGUGAUGGACAAAGAGAAGGAAGGGGAGGAAGGAGACACAGGGGAGGAAUUAGAGGAAGGAGGGGAGGAAGGGGAGGAAGAAGAGGAUGACGGGGAGGAAGGAGAGGAAGGGGAAGAAACGGAGUUGGCUGGGUUGCUAGGAGAGAAUGGCGGGGAAAAAGGUGAACUCGAUACUGGAGACGACGAACGGACGGUCGGCGACGACGAUGACAGAUCUGGAUAGUCGUCUGACGGAUUCGGGCAACUGUACGGAGAACAUCGCGAGGAAGA